AUUAUUUAAUGUUUGUUGUCAAAAUUUUGUAGAAGGAAGUGAUAAAAUUUUGCCACGAACAACAUAUCAGUGGCCAGCAACACUGUCAUCCCAGCAUCGGCCAAAGUCACUGACAAAACCAUCAAGCAGCAGAAGUGAUUUCACAACCGGAAAACCAUCAUGGCAUGCUCCGGAGACUCUCCUUCGAAGGCGCUCCGGCGGAUUCUUGAACUGCCGGGUGUUCACCAGGGCCCUGCCUGCUUCGAUGCUCUCAGUGCAAAGCUUGUGGAGAAAGCUGGCUUUCAGUACUGUUUCACCAGCGGUUUUUCAAUGUCAGCUGCAAGAUUAGGGUUGCCGGAUGUGGGUUAUAUUUCUUAUGGGGAAAUGAUGGAUCAAGGGCAACAAAUCACCCAAGCUGUAUCAAUUCCUGUAAUUGGGGAUGGCGACAAUGGUUAUGGGAAUGCAAUGAAUGUCAAGAGAACCAUCAAAGGAUUUAUUAAAGCUGGAUUUGCUGGAAUUCUUCUUGAAGACCAGGCAUCUCCCAAAGCUUGUGGUCAUACACCUGGUAGGAAAGUCGUGUCUAGAGAGGAAGCAGUGAUGCGGAUCAAAGCUGCUAUUGAUGCUCGGAGAGAAUGUGGCUCUGACAUUGUUAUUGUGGCACGGUCUGAUUCUCGUCAAGCAAUUUCUUUGGAUGAAGCACUUUGGAGAUCACAAGCAUUUGCUGAUGCCGGAGCUGAUGUUCUUUUCAUAUCAGCACUUGCUUCGAAGGAAGAGAUGAAGGCAUUUUGUGAAGUUUCUCCUCUUGUUCCCAAAUUGGCUAAUAUGCUUGAAGGUGGGGGGAAAACACCAAUUCUCACUCCUAUUGAACUUGAGGAAGUUGGAUAUAAACUUGUUAUUUAUCCACUUUCUUUGGUUGGGGUUUCUAUUCGAGCAAUGCAGGAUGCUUUAUCUGCUAUCAAACGAGGCCGUAUCCCUCCUCCUGGAAGCAUGCCAUCUUUUGAAGAAAUGAAGGAGAUUUUAGGUUUCAAUGCUUACUAUGAAGAGGAGAAGCGAUAUGCUUCUAGCACCAGUCUGCUAUCUUCACAGAAAGAUGGUUCAAGGGAUCCUUUUUUUGGGAUAUGGUCUCGGACAUUGAGAAUCAAAAUUACUGGAGGAGAUGGAUUUGAGAAACUUGACAUCAGGAUCCCUGCGGGAUUUUUGGAAGCGAUAAAAAAUAUAGCUCCAGCUUUGGGGGGUGUAAACCUCAAAGCAUUGUUGGACGAUGCAGCUGAUGAAACUGGAGGGAAGGUUCUGUUGGAUUUUAACGAUCAAACGGGUGAUAGAAUUCAGAUCUUUCUUGAGUAACUUGUCCCUGAAUUUGGACGAGCUGCUGUGGGCAUCUUUAAUUUGUAUAAGUAAUUGAAUAAAUAUACUUAUAUAUCGAUAUCUGCAUCAUAUGAUGAGCUUGUAUGACUAAAGAAAGACAUUAAAAUGGCUGGCAAUUUCUGUCAGAAGCCAGUUCAUCAA